ACGUCGACACUCGGAUCGAUCAGCGAGCCCCGAAGACAACAGAAAGCAGACAAGCGGUGAAAGGUAGGCGGCCUGUCUGAUAGGCGACGACUCCGCUUGCCUACUUCACAUAUUUCACACACUUGACUCUCCACACACUUGAGCCAUGGUGAAAAUCACUUUCCAGUCUGUGGCGGGACACAAAGAAGACAAAGAGAACGAUGGCGAUAAGAGCGAAAUCCUCAUUCCUCAUUCGAUGGAGGAAGAGGAGCUGGUCCUUCCAUUGCGGCCCAAUAAGUCACCUCUUAACGGGCUCUGCUGCCUGACGUUCGGCCUGGUUGUCUUCAUGGCUGGUCUGGUCCUUGCCUCCAUCUAUAUGUACCGCUUCUACUUCAUACCUCAUGCCCCCGAGGAGAACUUGUUCCAUUGCAAGGUGGUUUAUGAGGACUCCGUGUACGCACCGCUGCGUGGGCGUCAAGAACUGGCAGAGAACGUCGGCAUCUACUUGGCAGACAACUAUGAAAAGAUCAGUGUGCCUGUGCCUCACUUUGGAGGCAGCGAUCCUGCUGAUAUUAUCCACGAUUUCCACAGAGGAUUGACUGCCUACCAUGACAUCGCUCUGGACAAGUGCUAUGUCAUUGAGCUCAACACCACCAUCGUGAUGCCCCCACGCAAUCUUUGGGAGUUGCUCAUUAAUGUCAAGAAAGGAACAUACUUGCCUCAGACCUACAUCAUCCAUGAAGAGAUGGUGGUGACUGGCAAAGUCCACAACAUGCGUCAACUGGGACCCUUCAUCUACCGUCUGUGCAAUGGGAAGGACACCUACCGCCUCAACCGCCGUGUCUCCCACAGACGCAUAAACAAGCGAGAGGCGAAGGACUGCCACCGCAUUCGUCACUUUGAGAAUACGUUCGUGGUGGAGACGGUCAUCUGUGAUGAAGCGUGAGCAGGACAGGCACCCCAAGGCACAUCCCAGUCACCUCCCCAGGUACCGUAGCCUGUGGAUCUGAUCAUAUCGCACUUUAAUCGCUCACAUCACGCCCCGUCUCACCUCGUGUGACACCCUCACCCCUUUUUUUGCCCCACCCGUAAAUAUUUAUCCCGACUUGUGAUGCAAUAACGAGCUGCUGGAAAUCUCACUUGAUUUUCGAUGUAGCAAAGUCCAACGCUGUGCUUAAAGACCUUUGGAGAGUUCAAUGACGGUUACUGUCGUUAGGGGAGAUGACUGUCUCCAUGUGUCGUCAAGGUGACCUGUUGUUUUCUUUUCUUUUUUUUACUUGUGUGCUGUUUAGUAACACAGCUAGCUGCACCAAGCAUGACGUUAUUUUCAAGGCAAACAUCUUCUCGCUUCUUUAGCUGUGUCUUGUAAAAAACAAAAACAUUUUUUAGGUAGUGCUCAUCACAUGGCAUUAAACUGCCUCACAAUUGAGGAGCUCAAGAGCCAUAAUUAGUGGUAAUGCUCACGUGUCACAGAUUACUUUGUAAUAUCAAUGUGUGUUAAUAUAUUUAGUAUAUCUCUUCUUCCCUUGCAUGUGUUUUAGCUAUUUGGUUAACGUUAAAUAAAGCCUUAGUUCAGACUCUGGACUAAUGUUAUUACUGAUGCAACAGGCGGGAGGAUAUUAUUUCAUGUUAGUUAAACAACUGUAUCGAUUAUUGUCUGUUUAUGGAAUCUUGUCCGUGAAAUAAAGUUGUCAAAAUGU